AUGGCUACAGGUUUUGCUGACUUCGACGUGUUGCUACUCGAUAUCGAGGGCACCGUCUGUCCCAUAUCCUUCGUCAAGGACGUCCUCUUUCCCUACGCUCUUAAUGCUCUCCCUAAGCUGCUGGAACAGAAGUGGGAUGACGCGGAGCUCGCACAAUACCGCGACGCCUUCCCUGAAGAGUAUCGCGAUGACCGGGCAGCUUUUGAGGCCCACUUCCGGGAUCUUGUCGCUCGAGACGUCAAGGUGUCUUAUCUCAAGGCACUCCAAGGUUACAUAUGGAAGGCGGGCUAUGCCUCCGGCGAGAUCAAAGCCCCUCUUUUCCCUGAUGUGGCACCUUUCAUGAAGGAGGUUCAUGCCAGCGGAAGGAAGGUCAUGAUCUACUCAUCAGGCUCCGUACCGGCCCAGAAACUCCUCUUUGGGCAUACAAAUGCCCAGCCAAGCGAUCUCCAACCACUCAUCUUAGAUUGGUUUGAUACUGUCAAUGCGGGGCUCAAGGCCAACGUGGCCAGCUAUGAGGCAAUCCUGUCCAGCCAUCCUGACGUUCCCCCUGGCCGCUGGCUCUUCCUGAGCGACAACCUCCAAGAAGUGGAGGCUGCACGAGGGGCUGGGAUGCAGAGUGUGCCUGUAGUGAGACCUGGCAAUGCACCUUUGCCCGACGAGCACCCCCUAGCCAAGGUUGCUGUUGACGAAUUCAAAUUGGCCUCUUCAUAG